GACGAGAGCCUCCCCCCCACCUCAGUCGUCAUUGUGAGCUCGAGGUGGUGGUGGUUGUUGUUGUUGUGGUCUCUACAGUCGCGUGUUUACAAUUUAUAUAAACAACAACAACAAACGACGAUCAACAUGCAGUGCUACGCCGCCAUAUCGCUCCUCUUGGCUGCCUGCCUGCUGCCCGCAGAUGCGCUCAUCAGGAUUCCGCUGCGCAAGUUCACGACGAUGCGGCACACGAUGGCAGGCGCCGGCGGCAAAAUCGAGCGGCUUGUGGCUGACGAGCGCCACCUCAAGUACAGCGCGCCGGCCCUGCGCAACGGCACCACGCCCGAGGCCCUCAAGAACUACAUGGAUGCCCAGUACUACGGAGAGAUCGGCAUCGGCACCCCGCCGCAGCUCUUCACGGUCAUCUUCGACACGGGCUCUUCCAACCUGUGGGUGCCGUCCAUCCACUGCUCGCUGCUCGACAUCGCCUGCUUGCUCCACCACAAGUACGACUCGUCCAAGUCGAGCUCCUACGUGAAGGACGGCCGCGACUUCGCCAUCCAGUACGGCACGGGCAGCCUGUCGGGGUACCUGAGUCAGGACACCACCACGAUCGGAGACCUCUCGGUGAAGAAACAGGUGUUCGGUGAGGCCAUCAAGCAGCCGGGCAUCACCUUCAUCGCCGCCAAGUUCGACGGAAUCCUCGGCAUGGCCUACCCCUCCAUCGCCGUCGACCAGGUCACCCCGGUCUUCGACAGCGUCAUCGCCCAGAAGUUGGUCGACAAGAACGUCUUCUCCUUCUACCUGAACAGGGACCCGCAGGCCCCGAUGGGUGGGGAGCUGAUGCUGGGCGGCGCCGACCCCAAGUACUACAAAGGGGAGCUAUCGUACGUGCCCGUCACGCGCCAGGCCUACUGGCAGAUCCAGAUGGACGGGCUGAACGUGGAGGGCGGCCUGGCGCUGUGCAGCGGCGGCUGUGCGGCCAUCGUGGACACGGGCACCUCGCUCAUCGCCGGCCCCACCAAGGAGGUGGAGGCACUGCAGAAGGCCAUCGGCGCCAUUCCGCUCGUGAUGGGAGAGUACAUGAUCAACUGCAACAAGGUCCCCACUCUGCCCGUCAUUGUCCUGACCAUCGGCGGCAAGAAGUACAGCCUGACGGGCGAGCAGUACGUCAUGAAGGUGAGCCAGGCAGGCCAGACCGUGUGCCUGAGCGGCUUCAUCGGCAUGGACAUCCCCCCGCCGGCGGGCCCGCUCUGGAUCCUGGGCGACGUGUUCAUCGGGCCCUACUACACCGUCUUCGACCGCGACAACAACCGCGUGGGAUUCGCCGAGGCCGUGUGACCGAGCAGAGGCCUGUCCCCCACCCGCCCCCAAGUCUCCACCCUACUCGCCCCCUCCCUGCCCCGCCUGUUCGGCGAUAUGACUUGAACCCCUGGGUGGCAGUGCGAUAUUUAACUCGGAUUUCGUUCCGUAAUGACGUACCAACGUGUACCGUACUUGUACCUAAGAACGCCAAAAAAAAAAUCCCGUAGCGUAAUAGCGUACUGCCGCACCCUUGCUUGACCCUGUGCCAUUACAUUUUGUGAUGCAUCAGGUCCAGUCUCCCCCUGCCCUCACCCCCGUGCUCAUAAUUCCAUAAUUUUGAGAUUAACCGGAUGUUAUAAGAAACUUCUGCGUCAUAAUUUUUUUUUUAAAUAUCUUACCUGGCAGAUUUUUGUUGACUUUCAUUUCAGUUGUUACAAAGAAAAUCCUGGCAAAAUCCUGAGACUCGCCAGAAUAAAACUGCUCACAACGACGAAACAUUUAGCUCGGCCAGCUUACCUUUUUCUCGAACGUUCUCCGAUUCGGGGCCCCAUCAGGGCUCCUCCGUGGCCCACAGCCGCCCUUCACACCUCUUGGUUGGCCACGGCGACGAUGGGCGAUGGUGAGUGGGCAACGGUGGGAGGGGGGUGGGCAGAAGGGAAAAUCGGCUCCAAUUUGGUUCCCGGUCGCGCUUUCGCCCGCUUCUGGACGAAACGCGACUGUCUUUCACAGUUGCGCUAUUUCCAUUGCCGCAAAUGUUCGCGCUCAGUCUGUGGCUCUUAACUUGGGGGUCCAUCCCGCCAAACCCCUCCCUGUGGGUGUGUGAGACACACCCUUCCUGGGCGUGCGAGACAUGGUCAGAUUUUUUUUUUAGAAGGGAAAUCAACGAAACACACUAAGCACGGGCAAACGUAAUUUAGAACUUACUUUUGUUUCAUCAAACCGCGAUGUGUUUAUGAACAUUGUGCAUUUUUGUAACAAUCGAUUGAGAACCAGAGGGGGGGGCGCAAGGCCGCAGUAAAGGUUAAGAGCCGCUGAUCGAAGUCGAAGGUAAGCGGUCGAAGUAAACUUCCAGAGCGCGCGUGCCCCUUGACCGAAUAAUUUUGGAAAAAAAAAGUUUCGCGUUGCGGUUUCGCACGUGCGAGGAAGGCAGCCAGUGAACGAGUUGAAUGAACAAAAAAAAAAUUACUCCAGCAACAAUCGGUCCGGUUACCCAGUGUAACGGGCCCUUGGUUCGGGAGGACAGCACGCGCCAAUUAUUGUUCAGCGGCGCAUUGCACCAAAGGCCCUUGAGCCAAAGUGCGUCUCGGUUCUGAGCUCGGGACUUGACUUUAAUGCCACCGCUCGGAUUUUAAAGUAUGCCGAUGAAUUGGCGCAAAACGGCUUAGUGUCCUGGACUCGACCCAACCCCCCCCCAGCGGCUGUCGCCUGAAGGUUUUGCCAGAGAUGGAGCGAAAAGCAACUUGAGCUUUCUCUCUCCUCCCACCCCCCCUCCCCCCCGUAGCAUGACAGAUUAAAACAAUGAAAACAGUCUCGCUAGACUUCAAACUUGACAGGCCCGGGACACCCCUUCAGUGUCGCAGCAAUCCGUGCGCCGUUCCUCACCGACCUGCCGCAAAGUGCUUCUUGAUUGGACGGCGCUCUGCAACGCCGAUUUUGUCUUGGUCCCGCGGACGUUUGUGACAGCGAUGUGGUUGACAGUCUGCCCCACCCAUCCAGCUCAAGUCCUUAACUGCCCUUUGCACUACUGUGUUUUUUUCUUGUUAAAUGUUUCCAUUCAUUCACCAUUUUUCAAAUCGGUGGUGGUUUUUGCCGUGCUUUGGGACAUUUUUGAAGCGAGCUGCACAUUGUACCCGCGAUUAAAACCUGCACGUUCAUUUUUCUGGGCUUGUGAAUCAAAUGCAACGUUUCCAGUGACGGCAUCUUGCGCCUGGAAGCCACAUUGGGUGUUUAUUUUUUGUCAAGUGGCGGUUGGACUGAUCCCCACCGUCUUCCCCAACACAUACAAGGCUCGUGGCUGUUAGGCGAUCCAUGCCACUGCAUCUUGGCGAUGCCACAAUUACCUUGGGAGCGUUUCGUGGGAUGGUAAUUCCCGUUUUGACGAUGGCAAGCUUGGCACGGUGAGAAUUUAACAACCGGGAGUGUCUCUCCCCACGUGGGGAGCUACAGUCGCUAAAGAAACCGUCGCCAACGCAUUACAUCCUAAGGACUUGCUGCUUUUGCAAUUCUGCCUUGACGGCAGUGUGUGUGUGUGUUGAACUUCUAUCGUCGCCGGAUGUCAGCGAGAGCACACGUUGCCCCCCCCCUCCCCAGCUCGCUUAAUUUGUCGUGGAACGACGUGGCGGAGGCUCGCCACCUUGUGCUGAUGACGUGCUGCUUCACUGUCACGUGUGUGUGUGGCCCAGCCGUGAUUCCUGGACACACCAAUACGUGCUUGCUGGCUGAAUCGUUUUUUUUUGUUUACCCCUGCGCCCUGUCUUUGAUUUAAUUGGAUGGUAUAAAGGUAGUGGAGCGGAUGGCCCGGAGGCAAGGAUGUAAUUUUGAAGGCUAGUUGAGAAUUAAAAAAAAUGCAGAUUCAGAAUGUGUGUGGUAUCAAAUAUUUGCGUUGCUUUUAAUAAAGUUGUAAAUGGAUGGA